AUGCAUGCAAUAGACGCCGACGCAUGGCGGGACGUGAGCGAUUCUCAAGACAGAAAGAAGAUUCAGAAUCGAUUAGCACAGAGAAGACGCCGGCAACGUUUAAAGAUGACAGAAGGUGUUAUGGAAGAGGGUACAACUACUCAACCACCCAGUCUUACUAUGAGUGAGUCGAGUAGGAGCCCUCAGUCACCCCAACAAACUGCCACAAUGGAUCAGACUGGCCAUGAUCAAUGGACAAUCCAAGAUGGGGACCGAUUCUUCAUGUCGCCGGACCUGGAACUGGAUGCAUUGGUCGACCCUUCUCUUUUUCCUAACAACUCACCCGAAUCAUAUCCGUUUCCUAUGUCAGACUUUAACACCUUCAUGGCGUCCUCAAAUCCAUCACCAGCCUCACAUCAACAAACAAAAUCAAUAGCCGAGGGCUACAUCACUCCAUCGUCCAUUUCGCAAGGGAGUGUACAAGGCUUCCCAUCAGCGGAAGGACUUCAAGAUGCCCAGAAACGCAUCUCAAGAUUAAGAGAGAAUUUGGCUGGGCCUCCAAUCCAGGCGACCCCGAACCAAGCGGACGGCGUCCGCUUCAACCACAUCUUCAAAGCCAUGACGGCAGCUGGCUUCAACAACUUCGACGAAAUGGCGACCGCAUACUACACCACGGACUUUGCGCGCUCUUCAGCCGCGUACGACAUGCAACGACAAAGUCGCCUCAGGCACCUCCGGACAUUCUUAUCAUCAGUCAAAGCGAACGCUAUCCAAUGGGGCGCUAGGGAACGACGGGGCUGGACCGAAGAGAUUGUUGCCGCAGCGGAAGAGUUUCUGACCAUCGAGGUUCAGCGGCUACUGGAGGCUAUGCGCAACGGGAACGUCGAAGGCAUGAAGGAGAUGGAGAGCAGCCCGCAGGCUCAGGCUGCCUUCUUCCAAGAACUCCUUCCGGACUUGUGGUCGCUGCUCACACAGAUCGUGGCUACAUCCGGGCUUGAACAGCCGUAUUCUUCCAAGGUUGUGCUUUCAGCAGUGCAGGUGUUGAUCGGGUUUGGGCCUAUGCGCUAG